CAUUACUACAACUGAAACUCUGUGUGACGUUAUUGAUUCAAUUCCUUCACCCUCAAUUGCUGGAAGAGCUGCCCGGGAUGUAAUUAAUCCUCAUGGCAUCCAUGGACAAGACAAGGUAGACGCUGAAGCUGAGGAUGUGGAUGGUUCUGGUUCUUUCUUCGCAGAUAGUCGCUGCGGUCGAUUCGCAAACAUAGAAUGACUUCAACGUCAACGUCAACGUCAACAUCAACGUCAACAUCAACGUCAGCAUCAACACUGCCGUCCAGGAGAUGGAUUCCAUCCCUCUUCUUCCUCUGGGUCUUUCUCGUCCAUACAGCGGGCCUAUACUUCUUCACGCAGGGAUUCCUUCUGACGCGUCAGGUUCUGGAUGAGAAGAGCUCUUACAAUCCACCUCCCCUUCCUCGCCGACCCCCCACCACCACCCUGCAACGCCUGAAAGCCCUCGUCACCGGCACCCUCCCGACCUUCAUCGAAGCCGGAGCCAACUUUGCCACCACCGCCCUCACAGAAGACAACCUGAUCCACCAGCUCCUCGCCGCAAACCGCACCCUCGUGCACCUUGGCGACGAUACCUGGGACAAGCUCUUCCCCGGCAGUUUCCAUCCGACGCUUUCACGCCCCUAUGAUUCGUUCUUGGUUGAGGAUCUGGAUUCCGUUGAUGAGGGUGUUUAUGGGGGGUUGAUGUCGUUGUUGAGCUUGGACCAGGGCGGGGAGGGCUGGGAUGUCAUCGUGGCGCACUUUUUGGGCGUCGAUCAUGUGGGACAUCGGUUUGGGGCGGGGCAUGUGGAGAUGGAGAGAAAGUUGAGGUGGGUGGAUGGGGUGGUUGGGGAGGGAGGGGAGGUGUUGUUGGUUGUGCUGGGGGAUCAUGGCAUGGAUGAGAAUGGGAAUCAUGGGGGGGAGACGGACGAUGAGGUGAGGGCCGCGCUGUGGAUGUAUACUGCCCGGGAGGGGGGGUUUGGGGAUGGGGCUGGGGCGGGGCUUGGAGUCGAGGAUACGCCGCAGGUGGAUCUGGUGUCGACGUUGGCGGUGUUGCUGGGGGUGCCGAUUCCGUUCAAUAACCUCGGACGCCCGAUUGAGGGGGUCUUCGCGGGGGAUUGGAGGCGGUUGGUCGAGGUGAAUCUGUUGGCUGCGGCGCAGAUGGAGAGGUUUGUGAGGGAGUAUGAGGGACAAGGACAAGAGGGGGGAGGGUGGGGGGACGUGCAGGUGGAUUGGGGGGAUGAGGAGGCGUUGAGGGAGCUGUAUGGGCGGUUGAGGACGUAUCAGGGGAGUGUUUUGGAGGGCUACAGGAGCGUUUGGGCCCAGUUUGAUGUGUUGAAGAUGGUGGAGGGGGUGGUGGUGUUGCUGCUGGGGGUUGUCGCUCUCUUGGGCUUUGAUGGACAGGGAGGCUUGGGUCUGGGAGUGUCGACUGGGAUGGUUGGGAUCGUGGUUGAGGGUCUUCAUGUCGCUGUGGAGGGCUGUUCCAGUCGUCCCAUCGUGGAUGGAUUGAUAUUGGGAGCUGCGAUGGGCAGUCUGGUGAGUCGCAUCUGGCAGACGGGCUGGGUCUGCCGAAGACUCUGGAUGAUCUGGGAGUGGCAGGCAGUGGCCUUCACCCUGCUUCUCUCCAUCGGGUUUGCGUCGAACUCCUACACCAUAUGGGAGGACCGUGUGGUUUUGUUCUUCCUCUCGACCUUUGCAUUGUGCUCUCUCGGCGCGCAUACAAAGCCCACACAGCAGUCUCAGUCGAUGCUCUUCAUGCUGCUGAGUCGGGCUGCCUCGCUCAUUCGAGCCUGUCGGGAAGAGCAGCUCCCGUUCUGCAGGGCCUCGUUUUAUAUACUGGAGAGCAAUGCCGUCUGGCGACUGUCAAUGCCAUUUGUGAUCGCUGUGGCCGUGCUGUACACCACCAAUAUGACCCUUCAGAGCUCUGGUCUCAGAAAGCGACCCUGGUUUGCAAUCUGUGUCCCCGUUGCGUUGGCAUUCAACACCAUAUUCUGGACCCUGGAGACUGCUAACGAACAAGGCUGGUUAGCCGGUAUCCUCACAGAGGAGAUAUCCAAAACACUACGCAUGACCACAGCUCGAGUGGUGCUGCUUAUUGCCCUGGUCGGACUGGGUCUUGCCUUCAAGCCCCGACCAGAGUCACCGACUGAACGAGCCCUCAUCUUCACCACAGCAGUGCUCCUAGCAAGCAUCCUAACCAGCAGCCCAACGGGUGGCCUCUCCCUGGCCAUUCUCUACCACCAACUCAUGAGCCUGCGACACCUCGCCCCCAACUCCCCCAUCAAACCCACCAUCGCCGCCCUCCUGGGCUCUCUGCACUUCUCCAGCACCGGCCACAACGCCACCUUCUCCAGCAUCCAGUGGAAAGCCGCGUACAUCCCAUUCCGCGACCGGCAGCCUUUUCUAUCUCCACUGAUGGUGAUCCUGAACACAUUCGCUGCGCCAAUCGUGUCCGCAUGCGCUGUACCUCUCCUCUCUGGGCCAUCCAGCACCAGCACAGCUAAACACACAGCCCGUUUACUAUCCGCCCACAGCACAGUCUACGCUGUAUGGACCGUCUCGACCGCGCUCUGGGCAUGUCUCCUGCGGCGACAUCUGAUGCUCUUUGCGAUAUUCUGUCCGCGAUUCCUCGUGGCAGCGGGGUUACUGCUGAUCGUCGAUGUUCUCGCACUGAUAAAUUCCGUCUUACUUGUCUGAUGUCGCCACACUUUACAAAAUCAUAUCACAAAUCAAGCAGCUCAAUUGAUUAACUUAAAACGAGAGACAGCAGUUUGUGUUGACGUCAAUAGGAACGAGCGAGCACAUAGUUCCACAUCACAUCACUCAACCUAACCGGUUAACCAGCCAGCCAUCAAUCACUCCUUCAAAUCAUAUCAGUUAUCCCCACCGUCCAUAAACCACACCAUCCAGCUUCAAUCUCCCAAGCACAGCGUGCUUAAUUACAGU